AAGGGGGAUUAGAGUUAUUGUACCUGAGAAGAGCCCACAGGGGCUGCCCUUUCACGACCACCGGUCGCUUUCCAGGCCACGGGAGUAGAAUGGCUCUUCGGUAACGGUCACGAAUCGCUUCAGCCGGCUAAGCGCACAGCGUCUCCCUUCAGUUUACACCAACAAGUGACGCUGGCCUGUUGUAUUUUGCUGUUUACUCCGAAAUAAAUAUCACGAAAUGGUCCUUUGUGCCCUCAAUUUUCCCCCGAAGUUAUUUUAAAUGUCUCUGAGAAGUUUACACGCAGUGGGUCUAGUGCAUUCGCCAAUAAAAUAUUACCCCGUGAUAAAAUAACCGAGAGAUAUCGGAGUCGCUCGUUCCGGUGGUGCCUAUCGAAUUAAUCAGCGUCAUCUGACAUUUCAGUUGUUGGAAAUAGAUUUUCAUUAUCGAUUGUUACGUGAAAGAGGUGAGAGACAAAAAAAGAAAGUUCACUGGAAGGAUCCAUUAUUUUGAUUCCCCUCCCCGACACUAGACACUCGGGGGUAAACCAAGAGGCGCCAAAGGAACGACGCGCAGGGCAGAGGGGGAGCGAGUCAAUAGGACGAAUAACGUCGUUAGAUAGUGUCUCUAAACACAAUAUCCCGACUAUCCUCAAUUUUCAUUUCCUGCUAAAAACUCUGGGUUUAUUUGGACGAGUGUAAAUAAACCCAUGUUCGAACGACCUUGUUUUUUAAUGUCGCAGAUACUCCAAUAGUGAUAUACGAUUCCGCGAUAACGGUGCGAUAACAGGCGUCAGUGAGAAAAGGCAUAAAAUUUAUAAAUAUAAGAAGCGAGAGGUGAACGGUAACACAAUGUGUCUCGUGAGAUCGAUGAGGAAGUCUCGGACUCACAGUGCUCUGGGAAUAUUUCACUUCCCGGAAGGUAUAAUCCUGGCGUGAAAAAUAGAAAAUAAAACCUGUGAUUAAUGAGGUUUUUUCUUCGGGAAACUGAGAGUAACGUUGGUUGAGAAAUUAUGACGGAUUUAUUGAUUGGAAUGGCCGGAAGUGGUUUUCACGGUAGCAAUGGAACUGCAUCGAGCAACGGUGAUGUGGUAUUUCGAACGAGAAAUCCGGGGAUUUACAGGAAUUCGGAGAUGAGGCACUCGAGGAGUGAGGACAUACUGGGGGGCAGUGGGCCAGGUGCGCCAACGAGAACACCGAGUCCACUGCUCCAUGAGCAGACGUGCGCCUCUGAGGAUGAUCUGGUGGCCUCCAGUGCCCUCAGGGAUGCCUCGUCGACGUCCAGUCUGCUCCAGGGGGGCCACAGCUUCUGUCCUUACAACGGAAGAGCCACUGCCUCGCCUCCCCCUAAUUUUGCCACUGAUAGAAUUGACCCUGAGGACUCGAUUCGUGACAUCGUCAGUGAAAACGAUCUCUACAGAUAUGUCCUGUUUAAACGUCACUAUGACAAAUACAUUGCACUGUCGGAGAAGUACGAGGAGUCCCGUGGUAUCACCUACUACCUGGAGGAGCGUUAUCACGAGGUCAAGGCGGAGAGAGAUAGACUGGAGGAGACCAGAAAAGCCCUGGAGAAACGUCUUGAGGGUCGUGAGACGGAGUUACGUGACAAAGAGGAGGAAUUAUUUUUGCAUUUAGAACGUAGUCUGCGUCUUGACGAUGAGAUUGAGCGUCUUAAGGCCGAGCGUGACGCUUGUAUUGUGGCACGUGAGCAGCUGGAAAGAGAGCAGACCUCGGCGCUGCGUCAGUUACAGUUGCAAGCAACGCAAAGUGAAAUAACUAGGAGGAAUCUCGAGAGAGCGAGACAGGACGUCGUCAGGCAGGCGACCGUCAUUCGUGCUGAACGCGAUGCACUGGAACGCGAGAACGUCGUUUUGAAGGAAAAACUGAGAGUUGAGCGGGUGGAAUUGGGGGCUGAGAGGCGGAGGAGGGAGGAGGGAAUAGCAGUAUUAACGCACGAGGCAGCUACUUUGAGGCAUGCAGCACGUCAUCUGCGUGCCGCUGCACUUCACGCCACGUCCUGUCGUCGACGCCGAAGAUGCUCAGUAUGUUUGUACGCCAAACGAACGUUCGCCGAGGCAGACGAUUAUCACGAUGAUGGAAAAUUAUUCAAGUGUCUGCAGGCACCACUCCAGGAUCUACGGACUUGGUUACGACCGGGUCCACUGCCCUCGGCUUCCUCAUCCAGUGGAUUACGUACCAGCUCACCAAUGGACCGUGGAAUAAGUUACAUCGAUGACUCGUCAAGCAGCUCUGAGGAUGAGGAAUUUGCUGAUACACCAAUGGCCGAGGUCUCACUGUCAAGUACAAAUUCUGGUGUACCACCAGCAUCACGUGCAUUCUCAUCGGAUUCUGGGUAUGUGCCUGAUCCAAUGACAUCGAUUGGUGCUACACCGAUAACACCAACGAGUUCGCCAAUAGAGCCUGAUUUUUCUUCGUGUAGUUUUUCAUCAGAAAUUGGCGAUCGGAGGUCACGUUCGUACGAGCCGGGCGGCAGUAGUCGCAAGAUCAGUGAGUCAUCGAGCAGCGAGGCUGAUGCACAGAGAACAGCUGCUACAUUUACGAGAUCAAAGUGGACAUCGUCUUUUCGUCGACUGCUUGGGAAGAAAUCCAAGGCCAAACACAACGAGAAUAAAGCAUAAAUUAGCAUUUUUCAUUUUCGUCAUAUAUUUGCAGAAAAGUGGUGAAACGAAAAUACUAUUUUUUACCUCUUCAUGAGUAUUGAAUUAUUUUUAUUAGAAUUAUUAUCAGUUAUAGAGAGGAAGAUCGUUUAAUUCUUCCUCUUGGAACGACUUAUUUUCAACACAAUGCACAAUCGGCAAAAGUGUCGAAUCCAACGGAGAAAACACUAGCUCGACAAUUUCCUUGUUGUUCGCCUUUUUGAAUGACUCGAGCAAAAAUAGUCGUCCAAGAAGUUACUUCAGUUUACCACUUCACUGCUAAUUUGUGUUUCCUUUUCUUUACUGUUUCAUCAUUUUGACCAUUUCAUUUGGGACUCAAUUGGACAGAUUUACAUUUUUAUUUCGUUCAACUUUAAUAAGUUCAUGAAGAGUUGAAUUCACUUCUCAGGGUUUUGAAUAACCCAUAAGAACCAAAUUCAGUAAUACUGCCAGUUAAUCGGGGAUGAAUUUUAAUCCUAUUUUACGCGCAAGUGAGAGUUUAGCUAGGGGACAUAUGUAGCCUUGAUUAUCUUGCCGAAUGUACUUGCACACAGGAUGAUUGGCUCCUUCCCGAGUCACUCUAAGGUUCAAGACUGGUUUAGUAGUUAGUUAUUAAAACGUGUUCCAGGUACUUAGGGAUUUUAAUGCAAUUGAUAAUACAUUCAGGUCAGUAGUUUGUGCUAAUUAAUAAUACUCGAGAUGUUUAAAAUUAUUAACGAAGGUGGGAUUGAUUUUUAAGAAGGAAUUGACAAGGUUCUUUUCAUAAUUUAUUGAUUCCAUGUUUUACGAUAAAACUUCCAAGGGUUUACGAUACGUUGAGAUAUUUGAAUAUUAAACAAGUUGAAUUUAAUUAUCCAGAUAUAUUACUAUUGGGUUUGUUAAUGGCCCGUGAGAAUUGAUAUUUAUGUACAUAUUAAUAAUUUAUGUAUGUUUAAUCGACUGUGACGAAAAGGGUUCAUUCCAAUAUUUUAAAACAGGGUGCCAAAAAUGGAAUUAAUAAACUAGCACAAAUCAGGCACAAUUAUAUCUUAAAAUAGAUUGUAACUACUGAAAUACUCUGAGGCAAUUUAUCCGUCGAUAAAUAAUAAUUAAUUAUGGAAUUAAAUGUAACUUGAGGUUCCUUGAAACGUAAAAUGCUCAGUCAAUAAAAAAUCUCUGCCAUCCUCGGCGCUACGAGGAUGUCCCCAGAGGAUAGCUAUAUUGGCAAAUUUCUUUUCAGGUUUAAAAUCCAUCAAUGAAGUACGUGUUAUUCGGUAUACAACAAAAUGAAUAUUAACGAUGUUACUGUUAAUCGAUUAAUUAAGUAUUCGUAAACAAAAAAUCGUGUUAUCGCAAAUGAAAAAUACCGUUGUAACAUUGUAUUGUAAAUUGUGCAGAAAUGAGGGUUCUCUUUACAACAUUCCAUAAGAAAUUAUAUCUAAAAUAAAUGAAUAAUUAUAUCGAAGGUUUUAAAAG